AUGAAUUUUACUAGAAGAGGCAUCGAUGUACCUAUGAUCUACCGUUUAUUGUGUGUGCGUUUUCUCGUUCUUGACAUGUCGAAACGCGCAGUCGUAUGGUGUUUGAUUUUCGCGUACUCCGCCGAUUCGCAGUCCUGGGACCGGAAAGACGACGAGUUUUGCAAAGUGAUCACCAAGACCAACGACAAUUACACGUGUAAGGCGAUCGACCAAUGUCCGGUGGUUCUUCGUGCGGCUAAAGACCAUGCGGCGUAUCCAAAGAUUUGUAGAUUCCGCGGACGGACUCCGAUCGUGUGCUGUCCAAAUUCUCAAGAAGCCCCCAGUAGAAAUUCCACCGAAAUGUGUAGAGAAUACUAUUCGUUGACGACUAAAGGCGGUGGAACAAUCGAUUCUGGCGGUUGUCGACCGAAAAAGAUUUUCAGCGAAAACAUUCUUACCAUCGUCGGCGGAACCGAGGCCGAAGAAAUGGAAUUUCCUCACAUGGUUAUUUUAGGAUUUGGAGAAAACAUAAAAAAUGUCGUAUGGUCAUGCGGUGGAUCAUUGAUUAGCGAUCGUUAUGUGCUUUCAGCAGCACACUGUUCCGAAGUUGGAAACAAAAGCCCAGUUAAAUGGGCCUUACUAGGGGACAACGACUUAGGUUCCAACGAAGGUGCUGCAGACCCUCAGGUUCGCGAAAUCGUACAGCGCGUCUUGCAUCCAAAUUAUAAACCUCCGUCGAUGUACAACGACAUCGGUCUAUACCGGCUAAGCACACCGGUUCAAUUCAAUCGAUUUAUCUUUCCAGCUUGCAUAAACAACGAAGAACAAUUAACAGCUAAACAAGCAAUCGCCAUUGGUUGGGGAAGAACUAGUUCAGCUGGUCAAACGAGUAAUGUUUUAAUGAAAGUAUCAUUAGAUUUUGUGAAACAAAAUGAAUGUAAUCGUAGUUAUUCGUCUUCCAAAAGUCCAAAUUUAGAAUUUGGAAUAAAUCCAAAUAAUCAAAUUUGCGCUGGAAAAUUAGAAGGUGGCAAGGACACUUGUCAAGGUGAUUCUGGUGGGCCAUUACAGAUCGUUCAUCCCGAAUUCGAGUGUAUGUACACGCAAGUGGGUAUUACGUCGUUCGGAAAACUGUGUGGUGAACCAAACGCACCCGGUGUCUACACAAGAGUAUCCAACUACGUGUCUUGGAUCGAUAGCGUCGUUUGGCAGUCGUCUCCAUGAUUAUUGCAAUUCUAUGAUGCAGGAAAAAAAUUGUUUUCCGUGUCUGUCUCGUGCCUUGCGUAUAUAUUGAGUGAACAAUUAAGUGUUUAUAAAAACUUACAAAGUAUGUAUAUUACCUAGGUUUAUAUAAUAAAUUAUACUUGAAUCUACCUAAAAUUAUAAUCCUGUAUUCAACUACCCUAGAUAGUAAGUAACAGUUUAUAAGGAUAUCACUUUCUAG